ACUUUGGUUUGUUGGUUUGAUCCAGUGUCAUGGCUCCCUAACUGAGUCGGCUUGUGGCCCAGUUACGGUGUCAAAUAUUUUCGAAAAUCUAACAUUUAUACCCUUGUUUGAUCAGAAACUAGCUUUUUAAGGAUCUUUGCUAAGAAAUUAUUCAUCAUGGCUGGUAGCAGCACGGCUCAAAAAACAUGGGAGCUCUCUAACAGGAUGCAGGAAGUUCAGAGCAUAGAUGAAAUAUAUAAAUAUGACAAAAAGCAACAACAAGAAAUCCUCGCUGCAAAGCCAUGGACAAAGGAGUGAGUAUAAAGUGGGGUUUCUUCGUCGUUUAAGUGUGUUUUUGUGUGUGUUUAUGGUAAAAUUUGACAGUUUAUUGUCACAACACCCUCGUUAGCCUUUGCUACUAACUAGCAUUACUUUGUCAACACACCGGAGUCCAACAAACUGUACGUUGUUUGCAUUUGUAAUUCCUUUCUGUUCUUACUAUUGUUGAUGUUAAAUCAAUAUAUUCUCUAAACCCACAGUCAUCACUACUUCAAGUACUGCAAGCUCUCAGCUUUGGCCCUGUUGAAGAUGGUGAUGCAUGCUAGGUCAGGGGGGAACCUGGAGGUGAUGGGCCUCAUGCUGGGGAAGGUGGACGGUGAAACCAUGAUCAUCAUGGACAGCUUUGCCUUACCUGUGGAGGGCACAGAAACCCGAGUCAACGCCCAGGCUGCAGCAUAUGAAUACAUGGCUGCUUACAUCGAAAAUGCCAAACAGGUUGGACUACGAUUUCCAAUAAAGGGGCAUGUCAUAGAAUUGAAGUUUGAGUCAGGAAGAGCCAAACUUCUUAUAUACCCUGUGAUGAAUUACUUUCUGUAGAUGUGAUUGACUGCAACAAUAGAUUUUUCAAGAAAUAUUUCAUUCAAAUUUGAUAGAAAACCUAUUUUCAUCUUUGUAAAAAUAAGACUGAAUUGCAUGACCCUAAGGGAAAAAUUAGUGUACAUAAGAUUUUGCUAAUUUUAAGACCAUCAACACCCUCUACUUUGCAAGCCUGUGCUUUAUAAGGCCAUUAUGGGCAUAGUUGCAAUGUGGAGGCAGGAUUUCUUGGUGUUUAUGUGUUUUGUCUAUUCUUUUGUUUAUUAUUCUGCAGAUUUUUAACUGCACUUUUGACAGUUCAUCAAUCAAAUCAAAUCAAACUUGAUUCAUCCGUUAGGAACUUCAUUUGCAGAGAGAGCGCCAGUGCAGGAACAAAUAAAACAUAGCACUUGUUCAUUCACAAAUCACAAUCUAGAGUCCAUAAUAAAUACAACAAAAACAUUAAAUACAUUAAAACAAAAGGUCAAUCAUACUAGUCCUCCUCUACAGUAUUGUGUAGCAAUCAGCUGUUAAACAGGCGGAUGGAGGUGGGCCUCUUUGUCUUCAGUGGGAGCAACCUGUACCUGCGCCCUGAAGGCAGCAGAGUGUAGCGAGGGUGCAGGGUGUGUGAGGGGUCAGUAGAGAUUUGGUUGCCUUUCCUCAGGACUCUGGUGUUGUAGAUGGUGGUGAGUGACUGCUGUUCCUGACCAAUGGUUUUGCUGCUGAUUUUGAUCAUUUUAUUAAGAGUGUUGCGGUGAGUGAGCCAAACCAGGCAGUGAUGUUGAAUGUGAGGAUGGAUUCAAUGAAACAUUUAUAGAAAACAGCAAGAAUGAACUGGUGAACCUGAAGUUUUCAGAGCUUAUGGAGAAAAAAGAGGCGCUGUAACACAUUUUGAAAAAAUGUUCCUGACCAAUGAAAAAAUGUGUUCAGUAUUGGCAGUAUGGCAUGCUGUAUAUUAUACAAUUAAGCAUCAUUCACAUCAUCAGCGAUAGUGUUACUUCUUCAUAAGUCUUUGAUCAAAUUAAUGUUCAAAUCCCAUAAUAUUUGGACAAGUUUCAUGAACUUUUUUGGUAUUUCAAAAUAUACACAAUAUUUAUGUCCUGCUGCAAAUGUACAGUAUUCUUCAAAACAUUUUUUUUCUUUAAAAGAUACCAAUAAAGUACUGCACAAAAUACUAACAACUGUAAUAACCAAAAUAUAUCAUUACUAUAUUGUUUUACUUAAAAUGUACCAAUUGUUUUUAAAUUAUUACCUGACUUUUGUCUGAAUUACAUUUGUAUUAAAUCUACUAGGUUGGUCGGCUGGAGAAUGCUAUUGGCUGGUACCACAGUCACCCCGGUUAUGGAUGCUGGCUCUCAGGGAUAGAUGUCAGCACGCAGAUGCUCAACCAGCAGUUCCAGGAGCCUUUUGUUGCCGUUGUGGUAAGUCUCUGGAUAAAAUUAUAAUUUUUUUUUAAGCUUACUGCCGUGACUUCUUCUGGCACUCUGUUAAAUUGUUACUCUGGAAAGUAACAUCUUUCUUCUAUUAGUAUGACAAUACAAGUACAUGUGUGUAACUGAGAAGGGCCGAUAUUAUUGAUGUUUGGACUGUAAUUAUCCAUGUGGUACUGAUGAGUAUUUUGCUAUUGCAACCAUAUAUGCUAUGUACACACAAUUUGACAGAGACUUUGGUUGAAAUGCUACGGGCGGCAUAUAAUGAAGUGCUUAUUUUCAGCACACUGACGGAUAAAGUAAAAGGCUCCUGGUGGCCAGAUUUGAGUGGUCCCUUGAGGUUGGUUUGACCCCUGACUUUGUUUUCCUGUUAUACUGUAUCUUACUUCGAACAGAUCGACCCCACUCGGACUAUUUCUGCAGGGAAAGUCAACCUCGGCGCCUUCAGGACUUACCCAAAGGUACAGUAAAAAACAUUUAUUCUGUCAGUUGUCUGUUACUUUUGAUUCUCAUAAUGUAAAAAGAUUUUUUGUCACCAGUUUUUCUGUGCAUGUAAAGGUUAAAAUUUGGAUGUUUUUUUAUCCCUGAACAAGAUGAGAUAUGACCUAUUUUUCCUUUGGGUAUUUGUUUUGGACUUGACAGUUCGUAGAGCUCUGAUAAAACAACAUAUUACAGUACAUUCACAUGUCAUAAAACACAUCUACUUAUGUCACCAUAAACAAUGUAUAUUUAUAUAUAUGACCAAAACCAAAAAAAAAAAGACUACAUCACAAACAGAAGCACUUAUAUUGUUUACAGUUCUUUGUAUUUCCUCUUGGUAUUAUUAGGGUUACAAACCUCCUGAUGAGGGACCGUCUGAAUACCAGACCAUCCCCUUGAACAAAAUUGAAGACUUUGGUGUUCAUUGUAAACAGUGAGUAUCUGUAUAUUUUUACAUCUUUUUAUAUCAUUACAGAUAAAUUUACAAGAAUACCAUUAACGUGUGUACAAAGUUAACUUUAAGGUUUUCACCUGAACUGCAGUACUUAAAUAUAUGAAAAUAUAAGAAUACUGAGUACUACACUUAUGUUCCUGUUUUGUUUUUUUACAGGUAUUAUGCCUUGGAGGUAACUUACUUCAAGUCCUCCCUUGAUAGGAAGCUUCUGGAACUCCUUUGGAAUAAAUAUUGGGUCAAUACUUUAAGCUCUUCAAGUCUCCUCACGGUAUGUAAGCAACACAAGAAAGCAAAAAGUCUGCUAAUUGUUUGACAGUUUGAUUUAUGGUUAAUUAUUACUCUAUAACUCAUUGAGACAUGUGGUCACCCGCUUGUGAUGUUGUGAUUUAUUGCUGUGUAGAAGCUAGGAGUCCCUGUUUAUUGAUACAAGUAAUAAGCUUAAUUUAAACUUUUUAACAAAGGGAGAUAUGUGUAAAACUUUGACCUGACUGCAGUGAUACAGACACCGUCCUGGUUCACCGUGGAUCGUCUCUUUUCCCUCGUAGUUCAUUGUAAAGUUUGAAAGCUGGGAAAGCCUCAUGUGAAUUCCCAUUGUGGAUGCAGUCAGUCCCAAGCUUGACUAAAGAGUCUAAAUAGACAUCAGGCUUAUCCAAACAGUGAGCUCUUUGGCAUUCUGGAUGAAGAUGAAUUGACUACAUGUCAAGAAGGAGCUGCUCCCUGGGUGACAGGCUUUGUCAGCUGCUACACUGUCACCAUAGUCAGGGGCCCCUGUGUCAUUGUCUUUUAAUUACCUUUUUCUACUAACAACACUGCCUCACCUUAAGCAAACUUUUCCCGACUUCUUUUCAUUCACAUGACACACAAAGUGCUCCUGCAGCUUCUUAGACACAUUUGUUGCCAUUCUGCAAAAUCCUCUCCCCUGUGGGAAAUCUGUUGUCUAUCUUUUGUUGGUAAAUUGUGCAUAAAUGGGUGUCUGUGUUGGUGGUGGGUGUGUAUGUGCGUGUGCUUGUUGGAUGGUCAGAACUCGGACUACACCACAGGCCAGGUAUUUGACCUGUCGGAGAAGCUGGAGCAGUCUGAGGCCCAGCUGGGAAGAGGAAGCUUCAUGCUCGGGUUGGACACACAUGACAGGAAAUCUGAGGACAAGCUGGCCAAAGCAACACGAGACAGGUACAGUAGAAUUUUUUUUUGUUUGUUUUAACAGAGAAGUAGUAAUCUUCUGCUGAAAUAAAUGGGCAUUUGAAUUCCCCUUCUUUGGUAAUAGUUUGCUCUCCUAUUACUUAAUCUUACAUCUGAGACCCAAAAAGCAAGGUGGUUUAUAGAAUCGCUUUACAUAUUUUCUGUUUUUAUUUUUUUAAAUCUGGCAUUCAGUAUAUUCCACCUCCUUUCCCUAUGAUUUGGCAAUUUAAUUAAUUAUAGAUAGAACGGCUCUGUACCAUUUAAUGAAAAUUGUAUCUUUUUCACUGAAAGUUAUUCAAAUAUUUCUGAUUUAAACAAAUGACCAAAGGAUCUGCACCAAAUCUGUUUUACACUUAUUUCAGCAUUAUUAUAUGCACACGUGUUUAGCCUAGAAUAUACGAAAACAUGUUCCAAAAAAUAAAUCCAAACAACACCGUCAGUAUUUGCAGCUCUUCUCGGUCUGUUUAUAUCAGUGUACAUCAACCACUUUUGUGUGCUGCAUGUUUUGCUGUAUAAAUAAACCCACCUCUGUUAUUCACUGUGGUUUGUUUCAGCUGCAAGACAACCAUCGAGGCGAUUCAUGGCCUGAUGUCUCAAGUCAUCAAGGACAAACUUUUCAAUCAAAUCAACACAUCUGCAAAUUAACCCUGAACCACAGACACAGUGGAGCUCACCUGGAUUUCUUGUGCAUGUCUAGCACUUACUGGUUUGUGUUGAACUGCUGAGGGUGAUAUCUGUAAUGGGAGUGCUUUUUUACUCAAUUUCUUCUUGUGUCCUAGAAUUAUAGAUUAAAGAGUUGGGACUUAUACAGAAAAAUAAAGCAUAGGCUGAAGCUGUAUAUGUGUGUAUUGUAUACUUAUUUAGCAAUAUUACAGUCAAUUUUUAGCAGCAUAAACUCUUGCAGCUGGGCUAUGGAAUAAAUUCUACUAUGGAUAUUUUCCUAAUUGUUUGAGCCCUAUGUAGUUUUAUAGUGUAAAUUUUGUUGUACUUUUUUGCAUGCUGACAUAUUCUUAUGUAACCUGACAUUUAAACACUAUGUAAUUACAUUGAACACACAACCUGA